AUGCAAAAACGUGCAGACCUUCAAGGACUGAGAGGAAUAGCCAUCUUAUUUGUGCUUGUGAUGCACUUGAAACCAAAUUCAUAUCGCCUUGGAUUCGUGGGAGUGGACAUCUUCUUUGUUCUUUCUGGCUUCCUGAUGGCCAAGAUUCUCCUUGAAAGGAAACUUACGUUGUGGUCCAUUUGUUAUUUUUACAGCCGCAGAUUCAAAAGGAUUGUACCUCUGUACAUAUUAUUCGUCGUAUCCGUUUACAUUUUUGGCUACUUCUACGUAUUGCGUUCUGAUCGCAAACAAAUCCUUGACGAUCUGACUUGGGCAUAUACAUACAGCUCUAACCUACAGCCCAUUUUUCAGAAGCUUGGAUAUUGGGAUCAGAUAUCCUAUGGCUUCUUACUAUCUCGGGUCUGGCAAUUUAUGUGCGGGUGGAUAGCGUACGAGUUCUCUGAACCAGCAUUUUCUUCUAAGGGCAAGAUUCUGCCACACCAAGAAGAACAGAAUUCGUCGGGAGAAGCUCGCAAACAAGAACAAAUUGACUUGUCAUACGAGGUACCGAAUGCGGGUCUCUUGAGUGGAUCCUCACUCACGAACAUUUUGUUGUUCAUUUUGGUCGUGAUGGUGAUUAUCAGUCCAAAGUAUGUACCCGAUAAUACGGCCAGGAUAUGUUCGACGUUAAUGGCUAGCUUGAUGGUGUAUCUCAGUUCGGAUGCCUUUGUCUGA